CAAGUAAUAACGUUCAGUUGUACAUUGAAAGAUUUGGUGUUUGUUUGAAAUCAAAAUACUGCAAUACAAGCUAAUGUGUGUAUAUACUAUAAAGAUAUGUACAAUAUCUUUUUUUUUCUAAAGUAAUUAGGGGUAAAAUAACCAUCAAUCAUACAGUAUAUUUCAAUAACUGGACUAUUUAACAAAGUUCGUGCAUAAAUGAUAAAUAUCGAAGUAGUUGCACUUUAACUAUAUUCAAACAGACUGUAUAAACACUUGUUUCAUAAAAGACUGUAUUCAAUGUAUGAAUAUUUCACUCAGUUCAAUUGAAUACCAAUAUAUACCCACUCGAUCGUGUUAAAGAUCGAUAGUCUAUAGAUAUGUAUUUUAAAAUGAGCUUUUGAUAAAAAUGUGAUUUGUUUACAUUGUAUUUCAGUUUGUAAAAUCAUGAGAUAAGAGUUAAAAGUUAUAUUGAUAUACAUUUAUCAAAUUGAGAUUGUUUGAAUGCAUCUGUGUCUGUUUGAACUUGUUUUUGUAAGCUAUAUCAAAUACAUAUAAAUCAUUUAUUCAUGUUCAUGGACUAUUAUCAGAUUUUGACAAUAAGAGAAGUAUAGGGUUCAAAAAGUUAUUACAGUAGUCAUAGAAGUAUAUUUGCUUGGGUCUGAAGUCCCUAACAAAUAAAAACCAAUCAUCACAGUAGUUAAGCGUAAACUAACUACAAAGGAUAUAACAGCGAGAAGGACAAAUUGUUUUAAAUCAAAUCGAAGUUUUCGACUGUUUAGUUGGUUAGUAAAUUUUCUGUUGGAAUAACUAUAAUAUCAGUUACAAUGGCAGGAUAUGGAGAUGAUUUUCUCUAUCGUCUGCUGAGAGACGACGAAUUUCCUUUGACUGAUGGUAUCAUGGCGAAACGUCCAUCCCGUGAUAAAGAGCCUUCUUAUCAUAUAAGGCAAUGUUCCAGCGAAUAUAAAGCUUGUCACUGGAUUUCUACUUGUGCCACAAUGGAGGGAUUAAAGAAAAUGAAAGAAUUAAAGAGAAGAAAAUUAAAAGAUGAUGAAGGGGACAAUGAUACAUGUCUCAAAUAUGUUGUCAUCGAUCGGAGCGAGCUCGAAACGUAUGCUGAAAAAUGCGAGGAGGCCUAUAACGACCCAUUGUUUGAAGUGUUUCAAGAUCAGAUUGUUCGUACCGUACCAUUCAGAGAAAAAACGGGAAGAAUUCUAGAUUUCACUUAUUCGAAUGUAAUGGACGAAUAUCUUCCUAAAAAAGACCAGAGUGACAAAAAAUAUCAAAUUCAAAGAAAUUAUGCUGCGAAAUAUGAAGAAGUUCUUGUUGAAAGAUUUAUUCCUCCACAUUGUUGUAUUAAAGUAAUACAUGGAGAGAAUUCGUGUGAUAAUCCCUUUUAUUUGAAUGACGGAACCGGGGAAAAAGAAUUGUUUCUGUUUCAUGAAUGGAAUGCUAAAUGUCAAACGGAAAUAUCCUCAGUUACUUCACUAAUGCGUGAUACACACAUCGGUGAAUAAACAGCACCGGUUCCAUCUUCAGGAAAUCCGUUCUAAUGUCAAACAAUGCAGAUGCCUUGUAUGCCACCAAAUCCAUAUACUUCGCCAACAAAUCCUUAAUGAUCGUUUUCUUAUUUAAAAACCCAAUUUAAAUCAAAUUGAAGCAGUGCAAAGCGUUUAAUCCUCUUUUCCCGGUACCAUAGUUUCAAUCUAAAAAACGUAUUUUGUUCAAACAUCAGAACCGCGGUUUUGAAGCGAUGCAGAAUUAAAUUAUAAAUGUGCCGAUGUUCAUCGUCUACUUUAAAUACAGAUUCCAAAAAAUGUUGAGGCAGCUUCACAAAUCACUGGAUGCACAGCUCAGGUUCUUCAUACGGGAUCUCCAUAUAUGCAGACGAACACUUUCUGUAUAGGACAAACAUGGGCUCGUUCCCGCCGUUCCAUUCUUUAUUGUUUUAUUUAGAUCGCUAAUACAUGUGUAAAACAUAAACAAAUAAAAUGGUACUAAAGGCGAUAUAAAGCAUUCAGUUGUACAUUGAAAUCUUUUGUGUUUUGUUUGAAAUCAAAAUACUACAAUACAAGCUAAUGUGUGACACAGUGUAUAUACUAUAAAAACUGGAACAAUAUCAUUUAAUUUGUUCAAGUAUAUGGGAAAAAACACCAUUCAUAUAUUUCAACAACUUGACUUUUUGACAAAAUUCAUACAUCUAUGAUUAAUGUUGAAGUGGUUGGACAUUAACUGUAUUUAAGCAGACUUACAUUAAACAAUAAACAAACUGUACUCGUUUCGUUCAAUGUAAAAUAAAUCUGAUUAAAUUUAUGUUGAUUAAAUUGUAUAUCAGUUGGCAAAUAGCAUUAUCAUGAAAUAAUAGUUAAAAGUUAAAUUGUUAUACAUUUAUUUAUCAAAUUUAGAUUGUUUGAAUGCAUCUGUGUUUGUUUGAACUUGUGUUUGUAAGCUAUAUCAAAUACAAAUAAAUCUUUGAUUAAUUUGUCUCGUAUCUUCUUUUUUGUUGCAAGACAAUCAAUAAUUUCUGUUAUGAGUUCGUCAGUUAGGUCAAAAUUUAUGUAAAUCAACGAAUUGAGGCCAGAGAAACCCGAAUUAAUUCAGAAAAUACAUUAUAAAGAAUAUUUUUGUAUUGUUACGUUAAUAAUUGAUUUAGAUUCUUGCACUAACUAUUGGGAUGAAAUGGUAGAUUUUCCUGUUACAUUAUGCCUGUGUUAAUAUUUGUGAAAGGAUUAAAUCUUAUAUUUGUGUUUAAACUUCGAAUGUUCAAUGAAACUAUUCAUUAUCAUCAUGUUGUGCGACAGUCAUGUAACAUGUCCAUCAUGUUAUCUUACCACCAUCAUGUUUAAUUACCACCAUGUUACAUUUUCAUCCAUAAUUGCUUUGUUAGAAAAUGGUAAUUUUCCAGUGGCGUGGGUAAAGACACCUAAUUUUAAUGCAUACAUCGAGGUUAGAAUGUCUGCAGUGAACAGAACUACAUUUGAUUAUUUUGUUUUAGAUUAAAACAGUCAUGGGUUUAUGCAAAACAAUGUUUUAUUGAUUUCUUGAUAAAAUGACAGUUACAAUUAAUCAUUUCUAUUUCCCAAAGAAAAAGUAAAGAAGAAAAUAAAAAGAACUGUUUGCUAUUUAUUAGUUUAAACAUAUUUUAUUGCAUCAAAUACAUGUCAAAUAUUAUACAAAUGAUGAGUACAUAACAAAAUGCAAAUGUGUUGGAUAACAAGUUCUAGCAACAUUAGAUUACGCCCAUCCCAGUUAAGCCCUUCCCAAAAGUUAUUUAUUCUUAAUUAUAAAAGGACACCAUUUUUAAUUAAAUAAAACAAGAAAUAUCUUUUAAAUAGAUCCUCGGACAAGAUAAAACAGGUUUUGCUUGCAUAGGUUAUUUCGGAGUUUUGUCAUAGCAUUUAGCGAUUAAAUCUGGGAAACACUGCUAUGUGUUCCUAAAUAAAACUUCCAUGUUUGAUAAGUGUAUCUCACAUUGAAGUAUUCAGGUAUGCAUUAAUAUCAUGUUCUGUUUAAUUGAUGUGCAAAAAUAUAUGGGAAUCAUUUUAUGUAUAUGAAUUAAACUCAUAAGUAUAAUCAUAUACAUUUGUGUAAUAUUAAAAACGGUGAACAUAAUCUAGUUAGAGUUUUUCCAGUUUUAUAUGUUGGUGCCUUCCGGUAAUUUCUUGUACAUGGGUUUCCGGGACUGUGUGCAAUACUGGUGCCUUCCGGUAAUUUCUUGUACAUGCGUUUCCGGGACUGUGGACAAUACUGGGCCUUCCGAUAAUUUCUUGUACAUGGGUUUCAGGGACUGUAGACAAUACUCAGUCUGGUAGUCUUGU